AAACACAGUUUUAGCAUAUUCUCUUCUCUCUGCUUCUCAUUAGAUGCUCUUUUGUCACCCAUUGAAGCUUUUGAACCAAGCAAAUUCAUUGAAGACUCUCAUAAGCUCGAAAUUUUGCUUGUGUAUAUUUUUUUUACCAAAAUUAAAUAUAGGAACUGAAGAGCUUUCUUUUCUUUUUCGACACGGGGACGCAGUGAGCUAGAGAUGAGAUUGUUGAUAGGAUUUAGAAUAAUAGCCAGUUGGGUAAUCGGAGGAAGUUGAUGAGUUUAAGAGUCUGCUUAUAAGUUUUGAUUACUCAAUGGACCGAUUUCUGCGUUGGAACUUUCGAUGAUGGAGGGAUUGGUUAUUCAAAAUUCGAGAUUGGUCAACUGUUUCAUCAUCUGCCUCUUAAUAUCUUUCAAAUCAGCUUGUGCACAAGAAGAUUUUGUGAGUAUAAGGUGUUGUGCGGAUUCAAAUGUUAUUGAUCCAAUUACCAAUAUAAGCUGGAUAACGGAUAGCGAAUGGUAUCCGGAUAGAUCAAAUUGCCAAGACGUAACCAGCAGGGCAAUGCAAAACAACACAGUCGGAUAUGGUAGAGUUCGAAUUUUCAGUUCACAGAUUGGAAACAACAAAUGGUGUUAUAACUUGACGACGGUGAAGAAUCAAGAUUACCUGAUAAGGGGAACAUUCAUUUCCGAAGGGACGCCUUCCAAGUCCUUCUUCAGCUUCAAUGUCUUGAUUGGUACUACGCUGAUAGGAACGGUGAAUUCAUUGUUUGAUAUGGAAGUGGAAGGAGUUUUCAAAUCUACCGGCGACUACAUAAAUUUUUGUUUAGAGAAGGACGCGAAAGUGGAGGAGGGAGAUCCUUACAUUUCCAAGCUUGAACUGAGGCCUUUGGGUAAUUCGGUUUAUCUAAUGCAAGAAGAGCCCUCUAGUGUUUUGAAGCUGAUUGAGAGAGUUGAUGUCGGAAGCAAUGAGCUAAAAAUCAGGUAUCCAAAUGACCGGUAUGAUCGAAUUUGGAGAAAGGAGUUGCAUACCAACCAAGAAGCUAACCAUACAUCAUCAUCCGCUGCCAACAUUAACAACACUGAAACCGCAGCGCCUCCUAUCCAAGUGCUACAAACAGCUGUAACACAUCCAGUUCGUUUAGUGUUCCUGCACAAUGACCUUGUUCCCGGGAACAACAAUUACAAUCUGCACCUGUACUUUCUCGAGCUCGAUGACUCUGUCCAAAUGGGUCAAAGGGUGUUCGAUAUAUUCAUCAAUGAUGAGAAAAGACAGGAGAAUAUUGAUAUAUUGGCUGGAAAUUCCAAUUACAAAGCAGCCCUAUUGAACUUCAAUGCAGAUGGAUUUCUUAAUCUGACCUUGGUCAAGGCAUCAAAUGGAUCACAGUUAGGGCCCAUUAUUAGUGCAUACGAGAUCUUGCGGGUACACCCAUCAGUUCAAGGGACUGUGCAAAAAGAUGGUAACCGAAAUUCCAAUUACAAAGCAGACCUUUUGAACUUCACUGUAAAUGGAUUUCUCAAUCUGACCUCAGUCAAGGCGUCAAAUGGAUCACAGUUUGGGCCCAUUAUUAGUACAUACAAGAUGCAGGUGCACCUAUCGGUUCAAGAGACCGCUCAAUAUGAUGUGGAUGUCAUUACGGAGGUUAGGAAUGAGUUAAUGGGGGAUAACCAGAACAAUGAGGUCUUGAAGACCUGGUCUGGAGACCCAUGUUAUCCUAUUUCCUGGCACGGUCUAUACUGUGAGGCCGUCAAUAAUUCCUUAGUCAUCACUAUAUUGAAUAUUUCUUUCAGUAACUUCCAAGGACCACUCCCCCCCAGUAUGGCUGAGCUGACCCACCUAAAGGAACUGAACGUGAGCAACAAUGGCUUCACUGGCACCAUCCCAGCAUUUCCAGCUUCUUCCAUGUUGACAUCAGUGGAUCUGAGCCACAAUGAUCUUACAGGGAAUAUUCCAGGAUCUCUUAUCUCCCUUCCGUAUUUGGAAACACUGUACUUUGGAUGCAAUCCUCAUUUUAGUCAACAGCUUCCUGCCAGCCUUAACAGUUCAACACUUACCACAGAUGAUGGGAUAUGUGGCAGUCAAGGAUCCUCACAUGCAGUUCAUCAAAGAGUCAUUGGCGCAGUUGCAGGUGGAUGUUCAUUACUCGCUGUUGCAGUUGCAAUUUUAGUUAUUCGCUUUUACAGAAAAAAGAGAAAAUUCGACAACGAAAGUCAUCCGAUGCCAAAGAAUUUAAUAUUUUCCUUGCCCAGCAUUGAUGAUCUUUUUGUGAAGUCAAUAUCCAUAGAGAACUUUACUCUGGAAUCUAUUGAAGCCGCCACACAGAACUACAAAACUUUGAUAGGUGAAGGAGGUUUUGGAGCUGUCUAUCGAGGUACUCUACCCGAUGGUCAGGAAGUAGCGGUAAAAGUCCGUUCAGCCACUUCAACUCAAGGAACUCGUGAAUUCGAUAAUGAGCUAAAUCUUCUCUCAGCAAUUCGGCAUGGAAAUUUGGUUCCACUCCUGGGCUACUGUUGUG